AUGUCGGGAUACCCUAAUACAGGUUAUCCAAAUCAAUACGGUCAACCUCCAAGAGGUUAUCAACAGCCUCAAUACCCACAGAUGGGUCAGUAUCAACAAGCACCACAAUACGGUUAUUAUCCAAAUCAAGGACAGCCUCAGCAAUAUCCUCAACAACCUGGUCAACCAGGAGGAUUUGCUCAAUAUCCAAAUGUAAAUCCGCAAUAUAACAUGCAACAAAAACCAGCAGUUCCUCAAAAUAAUCAACCAGUUAAUGCAGGACCUUCAAGGAAUUACUCAGGACAAUUUAUUCCACCAGCAAUGAAACCUACACGCUCAUAUCUUCCUCCACCAAAGCAACCUCUUCCAUUCAAAUUCUCACCAGCAAAUGAAGCCGGUUGUGCUUAUUUAUUUGGUGCAAUCCAAGCUUUACAAGUUUUAUUAGAAGAAUUUGCGAACGGUAACGUUGACGAAGAUCAAAAGAAUACAUUUCUUCCUAAAUUAACCAAUCAAUUCAUGGAAUCAUUAAAAAUGUCUAAACUUGAUAUUACAGAUAUUAAUGAUUUUGCACUUGCAUGCGAACUCGAUGCAGAUUUAGCGUUAGAUUACAUCUCAGAAUUAGCUAGAAAUAAUCCAAAGAAUAAACCUAAACAUAAAGAUGUUAACAUGUUCGGUGACUCAGUUGUUACAGCUUCUGAUAGUGCUGAAGGUGUUGUAGGCACUAUUAGAGAUUCUUUAAUUUCAUUACAGAUUUACUUAAUGCGUGUUUGUCCAAGCAACUGCCAACAGGUGGCAAACUCUAAGGUAGAGACAUGGAUGAACAUUUUGAAGACAAAACAGAGCUCUGACAAGUUAUCUCAAGAUGAGAUUCAAAGAUUCCGUAAUGACAUCGCCGAUGUGAAUGACAUAGUUAUGAAGAACCUUGAAUAA